GGCGGACGGAUAAAAAGCGCGCAACCCCGCGGCUGCCUGUCCCCCUCCCCCCCGCUCCUCGACCGGUCGGUCCCCCGCUCCGCGCCCCCCCGCUCCGUCCCCGUCGGCCUGAAGAGGACGCGCCGCGGCGCCGGCGACGAGCUAGGGUGGUGGUUUUGUUCCUGGUGGGCGGCCGGAGAUGAUGGACGAGGGGCCGGCCGAUCUGCGGGAGCUCGUGCGCCUGCCGGAUGUUCUGGUGGUAUGCUCAUCUAGGGGAUGGACAGAUGAAAAGCACAUGCUCUAUCUUCAAUUAUUGGAAGAAACAUUUGUGAGCCAAUUACAUGACAGUGAACGCAGUUUCAAGGGACUGUUCAAUCUCUCUCCAAGAUACUAUGGACGUGUGAAGUCGGCUAAGCAAAUCGUUGAAUAUGCCAAACCUGAUCAGGGAUGUUGUGGGAUAGUUGAUGCUGACAAAGUCAACUCCAGCAUGAAGAUUGAGCUUAUGGACUCACCUUCUUGUGGAAAUCAACAAGAUGGAAAAGUCCAUUCGAUGGAUGAUAAUGCAUCAACCACCGAACCAGUAGAAGAAGCCGUAUCCCAAGAAAGGGCAACGAGCUCUGGGCAAUGUUCCGCAUGCUAUGUUGGCAAGCACAGACAUUCCCCUUCUAGGAGUGCAGAGGGGUCGGAUCAGAACUUUGAUGAGGAGACCAAAGGGAUUGGAGAAUCAAGAAGAGGAUGCAGCCAAAAGCGAUUGAAAUCUUGCGAAGUUAUGAGGGAUGAUCAGGUGGUUCCACCCACGAAGGCAGAAUGCCAAAAAGUAGGAGGCCUCAUGGCAAGCAACAAACCCGAAGAUAAAUAUGAUGGCACAUCGAAGGUGGAUGCUGGAUCCCUGGAUGCAGAAGCUAGAUCUCCCAUGUGCAAAAACGUAGGAUCAAAAGGAUAACAUAACGUCCACGGAGUGUUCUCUGCAGCUAACAAACAAACUCACCUAGUAGUAACUGAUAGAAUCACCAAUGAGCUGUAGUCUGUAGAUCAGAGAGGAAAACUCAAGUGGGGCAAGUUUGGAACAUAAACUAGCCUACCUUUUCGUGCUGGUUUGGCAACUCAAAAUAGUUUGUUAGAUAUACCACUUUUGUUUGAUUUAGAGAUGAUUUUGAAGGUUUUGUUGUGUUUCUGAGUGGCUAUGGUUCGAAAAUUUCUUGCUUGUCCUUAUAUUGUGCUACUGUAUAUAUUCUGUAAGACAAAUUGAUUGUCAUCGUAUUAUUUUACUGUCA